AUGAUCCGAACAAAAGCUGAUCAUUCAGUAUUCUAUAAGCAUUCAUCUCAUGGCAAAUGUAUUUUUCUAAUUGUUUAUGUUGAUGAUAUUGUCAUCACAGGUGAUGAUCAUGAAGGCAUUGAGGUGGCACAAUCUGGCAGCGGCAUUGUCAUCUCACAAAGGAAGUAUGCCUUAGAUAUUUUGGAAGACACCGGUAUGUUGAACUGUAAACCUGUGGACAGUCCCAUGGAUCCAAAUACUAAACUUGUUCCGGGACAAGGGAAGCCUCUAAAAGAUCCAGGAAGAUAUCGGAGACUUGUUGGCAAACUCAACUAUCUUACGAUCACGAGACCUGACAUCUCAUUUGCUGUAAGUGUGGUUAGACAGUUUCUCCAGUCACCUUGUGACAGUCACUGGGAUGCAGCAAUUCGCAUCCUAAGAUAUGUCAAAGGUUCUUUGAGACAAAGUUUAUUGUAUGAAAACAAGGGAUAUGCAGACAUUGUUGGGUAUUCUGAUGCAGAUUGGGCAGGUUCUCCUUCUGAUAGACGUUCCACUUCAGGCUACUUGCGAGCUUAUAUGGCUAAGGCAACUUCUACAGGAGUUAAAGAUUGGAGGGGACGAGCCAAUGAAAUUGAUUUGUGA